AUGACUUCGCGGUUGUUAAGACUGCCAGCGGAGAUCCGAAGCCUGAUCUACGAAUACGCCGUGGCAUCAGACAAGACAGUCGUGACGUUUCGUCUCGAUCCGUAUCAACGAGACUGCUACGAGCAUGCCAUACCGCCACCUCUGGCUUUGGUCAGCCAUCAGGUCCGAGCGGAGAGCCUUCCUGCCUAUUACAGCUGCAACGACUUCAUCCUCCAUACCGAGAGUCCCCAGGCAGAUGAGGCCAAACGAUGGCUGAGACUAAAUGCUGAUCACCUGGGCGUCCUUCGCAGGGUCACAUUCUGGAUCCGAUAUGUACCUUUCCAAAACGAUCGAGCUUCCUCACAGGGCGCGAUGGCAGUGUCUAUCUAUCGACUUACGAAGGGCGCUGACUGGCAGGUUGAUAACGACUGGCGAUGGAUCACGGUCGUGCGGAAACCAUCUGAGCUGCAGGGUGAUACCAACUUCAUGCUCGAAAAGCUCAAGUAUGUGGCGCCAGAGAUCUCCGAGGAGACUGCGACACCCGAUGACUAUGCUACCCUGAUGACGGAUCUGCGAUCUUCUUAUAUCCAGGAGAAGGUGACCUCAUGA